GUGUCAGGGAAUUCAUUUGCAAUUUUCAAAGGCAUGGUGUUCUGCUCAACUAAUCCUUUGAGUGGGAAAUAAAUAAAUAAAUCAGCUUAGGGUAAUAACAGUAAUUCACAGUGAUUUCUGGACAUGUUUGUACAUCACCUCAACUAAAGAGUCCUCCAGGACACUAAGGUAGAUCAGGGCUGAGGCGGACACACCAAGUGGGAGACCUUACAGAUCCGAUAUUCUAUAUCAAAGACAAGACCUAACAGCUGUCUUUUGGCAAAUGAAGAAUACAUGCUUUGUGUUCAUGGUGUGCCGGGGGAUCGAUGAAGCCUGCAGAGCUGGCAGUUACUGACAUUAAUAACACCUGCUGCUUAGCCUGGUAAUCUGACCAAGAAAUACAGUGGCGUCCCUUUGAGAAGAAAAAUGGAGCAGUUUUCAUCAAAACGUUCUGGCGUUAUGGGAUUAAUUAAGUUGAUGGACUGAAUACAUAACCACGGAAUACAGAGUACUACAGAUUACCCGGAACCAAAAUGAAUUGGGCAUCCUUUUAUGCCAUUAUAAGUGGCGUAAACAGACAUUCGACUGGCAUUGGUCGCAUCUGGCUGUCCGUCCUCUCCAUCUUCCGCAUCCUGGUCCUUGUCGUGGCGGCAGAAAGUGUGUGGGGAGAUGAAAAGUCAGGCUUCACCUGCAACACCCAACAGCCCGGCUGCAACAGCGUCUGCUACGACCAGUUUUUCCCCAUCUCCCACAUCCGACUUUGGGCCCUGCAGCUCAUCCUGGUCUCCACCCCCGCCCUGCUGGUGGCCAUGCAUGUGGCACACCGUCGCCAUGUCGACAAGAAGGUCCUCAAGAUGUCGGGGCGUGGCAGCCCCAAGGACCUGGAACAGAUCAAGAACCAGAAGUUCAAGCUCAUCGGAGCCCUGUGGUGGACCUAUGUGGUCAGCAUCAUUUUCCGCAUAAUCUUCGAGGUGGCCUUCAUGUACAUCUUCUACGUGAUCUACCCAGGCUACAAGAUGAUACGACUGGUCAAAUGCGACUCCUACCCCUGCCCCAACACGGUGGACUGCUUUGUAUCCCGGCCUACAGAGAAGACCAUUUUCACCAUCUUCAUGCUGACUGUGUCUGGGGUCUGCAUCCUGCUCAACAUCGCGGAGGUACUCUACUUGGUGGGCAGGGCUUGUGCAAGACACGUCCAUGAUUCUGAUGGGACCUCGAAGGCACCUUGGAUUACUCAAAAACUUUCCUCUCUCAAGCAAAAUGAGAUCAAUCAGCUCAUUGCAGACCAUUCUUUCAGGUCCAAAUUCAAGGAUACCCGAAAGAACCCAGUGGAAAAAGGGGAGAGGUGUUCAGCUUUUUAGAAAGGCUGCUGUCUUAACAAUGUUUAACAAGCUCUCUACAUCAGUCAUGGCUCAAUAUGCCAAUAAUCUCAUUCAUUCAUCCAUUGCAUUGAAGGAAUGCGGUAACCAUAUGAAUAUACAGUUUGAAUAUAUUAAAAUACUGAAAGAUACAUUUUCUGAUUAUAGCGAUAAAAGAUAAAAGACCAUGAAAAUGAAUUAAAUGUGCAACUGAAAUUACAGUUGAAUGGGGAAAGAAGAGUUUCCUGGUACAAAUGGAACUGAAGCUGCUAUUUCCUGAGUCGAGAUUCUGUACAGGACCAGUCAGACCUUAACUCACUGGAGCAAGACUUACGUUUUCUUAUAGAGGAUUUCAAGAAGCAACCUUCUUAUGGAUGGGCGAAAAUCGACAGUGUGGACCGUUGUUCCAACGGACUGUUUUAACUACGCAUUGUUUGUGUCUGUACAAUAUUUUUCAUUAAUGAGAUAAUGAGAUAACCGACCCUUGGAGAGAUAUCAGGAGCAGGACUGUGCUGGACCGAUUUUCUCAGGUUUCCUCCAAGGCAGGAACGUAACGUCAUAACGACCACAUUAUGAAAUAAUUUGCUUAGGUAAUGAACUCCUGUUUUAAAUAAUGUACUUGUGAAAAUAUUGUGCAUUCAUUUAUCAAAUCGUGAUUUUUAUUUUGACAUAUGUGAGUCGCAUUAAGGCGAUGUACCGUAUCGAGAAAAACCAAACCGUGUGAACCUGGUAAGAUACUGUCACUAUGAACUUGUUUCCUAAAAACGCGAAGUCCGGGUUUUUCUCGACUGCGGCUGCCGGAGACAUUGUGCUAAGCAACUCCAUCCGCUCGCCGUUGCGCUUCACUGUUCAUGUCAGCUUUGCUAACCAGAUGAACUCAGGACAAUUAUAGAACUGGAGGGCCAUGACUGAGUCGUUACCGUAUAAAACUUUUGCAUGCUGAUAAGAUGCAUAACACGUUUGUUGUUUUUCAAGUGGUUAACACGCGUAUUUGAUCAAACCAACUGAAGUUUCACUGUGUACCUUCUCAUUUUUUUUCCAUUGAUAUUUUUGCCUCUUUUUUCUUUAUUUGCUUCAAAUGCACACAUACGGUUUAGUUUUAACAUUUCAGUACGUGUUCAGGUGUAUUGUAUUUAUGGUGGUUAAACUAGUAAAUGAAGAAUGUACUAAUUAUAAGCUGCAACCAAAGCUUAUCACAAGACUGUAAAUGGGCCUUAAAAUCUGGAAUAUACUUUUACUGUACAGAACUAGAUGCGUGAAUAAUACUAUAUUAUCCAAACAAUGUUGUAAAGGAGAUAUGUAUAUUUCAUUGAUAAUAUGUUACAUAAGAGAUACGUAUCUAAAUUAAAUGGCAUUUUGAUUGUUAGAUUGUCAGUACCAAAAAUAUACAUUUGCUAAAGGCUGCUGAUUAAAAUUAAUAUCUUACAUUCAAUUAUAAAUGCAAAAAGAGUGCUGAAUUUUUCUAAAAGUAUUGUCUCUUACA